UGCUUGAUAUAUGCUUGAUAUAAUUAGGGUGAAGGGUCUCUUUAAGAGACAAGAGAGGAGUUGAACGUCCUCCACCAUACCUUAGUUUAAAGGGGCGAUUGGGGAAGUCUUAUGAAAUGCCACAUAGUGAUGAUGUCACUUUAAAAAACACUCAGUCCGGUCUGUGAACGGUUGGCGCUAGGAAGGGCAUCCAGCUGUAAAACAAUGCCAAAACUCUUUAUUAAUGGCCGUAAGAACAGUUGAUCAGACAAACUACGUAAACGGGGCUGGAAUUCAACGGAGUGAAGGUGUCGCGCACGGUAGGACAGAUGUCAGGUGUGAGCAUCGUCAGACCGUUACCCAGGUAUCACAUCACAAGGUAGAAAAACACUAGGUUGUGGAUGGUUAGUGCAAAUGUUGGUGCUCUGAGAGGUAGAGCAGGUGAAGUAGUUGAAAUUUUAGAACGUAGAUCUGUUGAUAUGUGUUGUGUUCAGGAAGUCAUGUAGAGAGGAGCUUCAGUGAGAUUUGUGUAAGGUAGGAGUGCAAGGUUUAAGCUUUCUUUGAUUGGUAAUAGUGAUGGAUAUGGAGGAGUUGGCAUAUUCGUUGCAGAGGAGUGGGUAGAAAAAGUAAUAGAUGUUAUGCGUGUUAAUAAUCGUAUUAUAGUGAUAAAGUUUUUGAUAGGUAAUAGGAUUGUCACUUUUCUGUCAGUUUAUGCUCCACAGUGUGGACUCAGUGAGGAAGAUAAAGAUAAGUUUUAUGAUGAGUUAAUAGCAGUCACAUCAAAGUUUGGAGACACUGAAAAUGUCAUAGUGGGCGGCGACUUUAAUGGUCAUGUUGGGAGGUCAUCUGAAGGUUAUAGAGGUGUGCAUGGAGGCUAUGGAUUUGGGAGCAGAAAGAAGGAAGGGGAGAGAUUGCUUGAGUUUGGAAUGGCAACGCAAGUGGUGGUUUGCAACACAUCAUUCAGUAAGAGACAGAGUAGGCUGAUAAUAUAUGAGUCAGGUGGCUGUAAGACACAGACAGAUUUCGUCCUGGUUAGAAAGUCAGACAAGAAAGUGGUGAAGGACGUGAAAGUUAUAUCGGGGGAAGAGUGUGUUUCCCAGCAUAGGUUGCUGGUUUGGUAUAUUAUCUUAAAGAGUGUUAAAGAAGCCAAGGGAAAGUACAGGCCCCGUUGUAAAAUCUGGAAGCUGAAGGAAGAGGUUGUAGCAAGACAAUUUAGUGCAAAAGUUCAGCAGUUAGCGCACAAUGGUCAGUGUGAUAGUGACGAUGUUGAAAGUACUUGGACUACUUUGAAGAAUUGCUUUCUAGAACCUUCUGAUGAUACCUGUGGGUGGACCAAAGGACCAGCUAGACAUAGACAGACCUGGUGGUUGAAUAAUGAGGUUGACCAGUGUAUAAAGGAAAAGAGGAAACUUUGGAAAGAGUGGAAGUCAGGUGGUAAUAAAAAUAUUUACUUAGAAGCUAAGCGUCGUGCUUGUACAGCAAUGUAAAAGGCAAAAUCAGAAGCAGAGAGAAACAGAUUUGCAGAAGGGAAGAAGGGAAGACCAGCGCAAUGAGGUAUUCAAGAUAGCAAAGCAAAUGAAGAAGACUAAUCAAGAUGUUGUAGGUGAGAAGUGUAUACGUAAUGAUGAAGGUGUUCUGGCUACCACAAAGAAGGAGAAAAGGGUAGCUUGGAAGAAUUAUUAUCCGCGGUUGCUUAACACUGAGUUUGAUUGGGAUGAGGAUAAUUUGUCUGAUGAUGAUGUUGUAGAAGGGCAAGCUAUGCAGAUCAAGACAGAAUGGGUAGUGGAGGCUAUUAGGAAAUUUAAGAUUGGCAAGGCUGCAGGAGUGUCAGGUAUUGUUGCAGAGAUGGUAAAAGCAUCUGGAUAUAUUUGAGUUGAGCUUAUUACAAGUCUUGCUAAUCAGAUUAUAAAGGAUGGUGCUAUUCCGAGUGAGUGGCAGUCGAGUGUAAUAGUGAAUUAGAAAGGGGUAACUAUAGAGGUUUGAAGUUGGUUGAUCAAGUAAUGAAAGUUAUUGAAAGGGUGAUUGAUAAGUUACUUAGAGAAAGAAUUGAUAUAGAUAAGAUGCAAUUUGGUUCUGUUCCAGGGAGUGGCACUACAGAUGCAAUAUUUUUACUCAAACAGCUUCAGGAAAAGUAUUUAGGAAAGAAAAAGAAUCUCUAUUUUGCCUUUGUAGAUUUAGAGAAAGCUUUUGAUU